AUGGGACUUGGCUUGCAGGCAUUCCCACAAGGCCGUGUAGUUGACCUGGAAAUUAGUCAAAAGUCAGUAAUUCGACUGAACGCCCAAAAAGCCCAACCAACUCAGGAGGUUAACAACGGCGUCCAGUUUGGCCGUCAUUCCAUGUUAUCGAGUGGUAAGAUGGAUCUCGGCAGGCCAGAUCGAUCCCAUUGUGAUGACUAUAUGUUCGGUGCCAUACCGGAUGAUGAGGAAAAUUCGGACGACGGAGCCGCAGAUGAGAUUGAUGCUAUCAAUGACGAGACUUUUGGAGAUGAUGUGCAUGUGCCCCUCGACAGCGAGUUAGAAGACUACGCAGCUCAGACGGCCUGUCUUCGACUUGACGAUGCAGGACCCUGGGACACUCCUGGUUGUUCUAAAGAGCCAGCACCAGAUGCAUCCAAUGUUCCUCUACCGGACUUUGACGUUUUUGGAACAUCCUCUUUUUCUAGCUUCGGUAGUGAAACAAUGGUUCCUGCAGUAGAACAGCAGAAACCUCCGAGCGGGUUUCCAUUGAUAGGAGGGAUAUCUCAAGCGUUCGACAAUGCCGCGCGAUCAAACGCUUAUAUACAACACCGUUCACCAGUCUUACCUGCAAUGCCUCGUGGUUCUACGUUGGAAGACCUCGAACGAGGGCAUCUGCAACGACCGCCGAACGUAAGCAAGGUUUCGAACAUGAACGCCAUGCCGCCUGUUGCCGUGAAUGUAGCUGACCUUGAGCGUCGAUUCAUUGAGGAAUCUUCAGGAAUGCCACCACCAGCAAAUCAAAUGAUUCCAUCUUGUAGUCCUUCCCCGUUUCCACCUCCAUUGCCAUCACCACACACCCAACUUCCUCCUAGAAUGGCACCCAAUGCGCCUCCUAGUUUCGGAGGAGUUCCACCAAUGCAUAUACCACCCCUUUUGCCCCCGUUCCAUCCUAUGAUGCUUCCAUUCGUACCAUUCUGGCUUGAGCAUCUCGCUGGUCGUGCGCCAUGUCUUCCACCAGGAUGCCCACCAGUUCCUCCUCUUUUACGAAUGUUCUUCGAUACUGUGAAGGAUCCAAUGGUCGUCAUGGAUAUGAUAAGAGCUUCAAACGCAGGAAUGGUGCCUCCUCCAUUUCCAGCGCCGCCACAAACCUUUGACAGACGCUCUCAGUGGCAACGAAAAGCACCUGGAAUGCCGUCUGGGCGCACAAUAGAAGACCUUGCAUUUGACCAGUUCGCAGGCUACAUGUCUUGUAAAGAAAGAGAAUGGCUCGUAAAAAUUCAAAUUCUGCAAUGUCAAGGAACUGGCAACCCGUACGAUGAUGACUACUACUAUACAAGCUGGCGAGAGAAACAGAUUGCGAAAGGAUGGCGACCGAGUAGAGUAGUCACUCCUCAGAUGGCGUCUUCAGAUAAAGUCAAGGAAAGUGAGCGAAGGUUAAGACGUCUGAAUGGCUCGCGAAGUCAUAUCGAUGUGUCGAGAGAACCAAAAGAAAUAGUGCCACUAAACGUCAAAUUCGCUGGCUCCCUUGGCUUACCAUCCAAAUCUUCAACCAGUAAUCCAAGACAUUUGAUCAGCGUUGAACAUAGUUUGGACAAUGCUGAUGAAGAUGCAUCACAACGGGCAGGUAGACAGAGGAAGUUACGAACGCUGCUUCUUCGUCUUGAGUCUGCGUUGGCUUUACUUAUUGAAUGCCAGGACUUACGUGUUCGAAUGCGAAACUGUACCCAAAGCAGUGAAUCGGCCCUGUCAGAGAUUUCGCAUCGUAUCGAUGUCAUAUUCCAAGAUCUUAUGACGGAGGAUCUUGUCAAGAUUUUACAGAUAGGAAAAGGGCGUUCCGUGGUAGCACGAGCGCUUACUGUUGGAACCCCCAGGGAUGUUGCUCGCAUCGUUUUGUCGUUAUUUUCCGUUAUGAGUUUGUGCUCCAAGAGGUGCAUAGAAGACAUUAACUGCGACGUAGUUCCACACAUGUUCACUGGACUAAUGGAGCUGAGCAGGGAACAACUAAUGGCUUUGUCAUCCGCAGUGAACUUUUGUCGAGAUGCUUUCAUCACUCUCUUGUAUGCGUGUGCUAAACGAAAGGCUAUUUCACAAAGUAUCGUUCGGUGGUUAGCUGGUCCACCCGAUGAACUUGAUUUCACUAAUGGCUGGUCCUCUUCAUUGUCCUUAUGGCGGGAGCAGAUACCGGGCUUGCAGGACUCGGAUGUGCAAAUGUUUGCUGAAUGGUUGCUUCUUCUUUGUGACAAUACCCACUAUAAUUCACUUGCCAAAGCUGUUCGUGGGUUCUGGAAUCAGGUCGUCACUACCAAGCGGGCAUACAUGAACCCUCAUGAGCAUUUUGGACGAGCGAAUAUAUUCCGUGCUGCUAUGGCCAGUUAUGUAGGAAUCUAUUUCCUUUUCAAAUGGAACCAGAAGAGAAAGGCUAGAAACCUUCAAGAAUUACAAGCAGCGGAACGUGAGAACGUACUUAACGAUGCUUUGGCUCGCACAGGGCACUAG